AUGAACAUUUCAUCGUGUAUUAUAUUUGUCGUUAUAGAAACAAGUCAAAGAUUCAAGCUUUUCAUGGAUUUGGGAAUAAAAGAUAGUUUGGCAAAUGCAUUGAAACAAAGCCGAUAUCAUGCAAAAAGAUGCUUUGAUCGUUUUACGUCACGUGGGAGAAGAUUAGUAAAACCCCAGGAAUUGAUUUACGCAAUCGAGAAAACCAUAGAUGACGAGCUUGAAAGAACCAAGGUUUUGGAGGGUUCAUUGGGUCAAAUCUUGAGGUCCACACAGGAGGCUGUGGUAAUUCCACCAUAUGUGGUAUUGGCGAUAAGAGGGAGUCCAGGACGCUGGGAUUACUUGAAAGUCAAUGCAGAUGACGUCACAGUUCAUGCCCUUACGCCUACACAAUAUCUGUCCCUUAAAGAGUCCAUAUACGAUAAGGACCGGGUGAAGAGCGAAGACACAGUGGAGGUGGAUUUCGGAGCGUUCGACUUUUGCAUGCCUCGUCUAACCCUCCCUUCUUCUAUCGGGAAUGGAUUCAACUACAUUUCAAAGUUCACAACUUCAAAGCUUAGUGGGGAUUUAGAGAAUGCAAAGCCAUUGCUUGACUACUUGCUAGCUCUAAAUCAUCGUGGAGAGAAGCUUAUGAUCAAUGAGACAUUAGAUACAGUUUCGAAGCUCCAAAAGGCAUUGAUUGUUGCGGAUGUCUACUUAUCUGCACACCCAAAAGAUGAGCCAUGUCGUACCUUUGAGCACAAGCUUAAAGAGUGGGGAUUUGAGAAAGGAUGGGGAGAUAGUGCCGAAAGAGUUAAGGAGACAAUGAAGAUGCUUUCAGAGAUUCUUCAAGCUCCAGAUCCAUGUAACAUGGAAUCAUUCUUUAGCAGGCUUCCGGUUAUAUUCAAUAUCGUUAUCUUCUCCAUUCAUGGUUACUUUGGACAAUCAGAUGUUCUUGGAUUGCCUGAUACAGGAGGCCAGGUUGUUUACAUUCUUGAUCAAGUGAAAGCACUAGAGGAAGAGAUCUUACUACGAAUAAAGCAGCAAGGAUUGAAUGCAAAGCCUCGGAUUCUUGUGGUGAGUCGACUCAUUCCCGAGGCACAAGGAACAAAGUGUAACGAGGAAAUGGAGCCAAUCUUGAAUACUAUGUAUUCCCACAUCCUUCGGGUUCCUUUCCAUACUUCAAAAGGCAUUCUCCCUCAAUGGGUUUCACGCUUUGAUAUCUACCCCUACCUUGAAAGAUUUGCACAGGAUGCUGCCUCUAAGGUGCUAGAGGUGAUGGAAUGUAAACCGGAUCUUAUAUUAGGAAACUACACAGAUGGUAACAUUGUGGCAUCACUAAUGGCUAAAAAAUUUGGAGUGACACAGGGGACGAUUGCACAUGCAUUGGAGAAGACAAAGUAUGAAGACUCGGAUAUUAACUGGAAAAAAUUUGAAAACAAGUACCACUUUUCAUGUCAAUUCACUGCAGAUUUGAUCUCAAUGAACGCUGCUGAUUUCAUCAUCACAAGCACUUACCAAGAAAUUGCAGGAAGUAAUAAAAGGCCGGGACAAUAUGAGACACAUGCAGCUUUUACGAUGCCAGGACUUUGUAGAGUUGUAUCGGGAAUCAAUGUGUUCGAUCCAAAGUUCAACAUAGCUUCACCCGGUGCAGAACAAUCGGUUUAUUUCCCAAUCACAGAAAAAGAAAAACGAUUAACUUCCUUUCAUCCCGCAAUUGAAGAACUACUUUUCAACAAAGAAGACAACAAUGAGCAUAUGGGAUAUUUGGUGGACCGAACAAAACCGAUAAUAUUUUCAAUGGCGAGGCUCGAUACAGUGAAGAAUAUAACGGGAUUAACCAAGUGGUUUGGGAAGAAUAAACGACUCAGAAGUCUUGUAAACUUGGUUGUUGUUGCGGGCUUUUUUGAUCCAUCAAAAUCGAAAGAUAGAGAAGAAAUGGCAGAAAUCAAGAAAAUGCAUGAAUUGAUUGAAAAAUAUAAACUUAAGGGCCAAAUGAGAUGGAUAGCGGCUCAAAAUGAUAGGACUCGUAAUGGGGAACUGUAUCGGUGUAUUGCUGAUACUAAAGGGGCUUUUGUGCAGCCCGCGUUGUAUGAAGCUUUUGGGCUGACGGUUAUUGAAGCAAUGAAUUGUGGGCUCCCGACUUUUGUGACAAACCAAGGUGGGCCCGCGGAAAUUGUGGUUGAUGGGGUUUCGGGGUUUCAUAUUGACCCGAAUAAUGGAGAUGAAUCGAGUGAAAAGAUUGCUGAUUUUUUUACCAAGUGUAAAGUAGAUGUUGAGUAUUGGGAUCGGUUGUCUCAAGCUGGACUUCAACGAAUUUAUGAGUGCUACACAUGGAAGAUCUAUGCUAACAAGGUGUUGAACAUGGGCUCGAUGUAUGGCUUUUGGAAGCAACUAAACAAAGAGAAUAAGCAAGCGAAGCAGCGAUACAUUGACAUCUUGUAUGAUUUACAGUUCAAGAAGUUGUCAAAAACCAUUGAGAUCCCAAACAUCACAACACCGGUCAAAACCGAACCAACAAAACAAAGACAACAGCCCACAACCGGUGCACCCAAUGAACCACCAACCGCAGCGGCUCAAGAGCCGGUGCACCCACCACGGACCAUGUCAAGUUCAAGGUCAAUGCGAUUGAGUUCAAUGACCACUGCAGGAAAACCAUUGCUUGUUUUUGUAUCUGUGUUGAUUGUUGUGUAUGCAUCAAAAAAUCUGUAUAGGUAUUUUAAAUAGGGCAU